UCCCUCCAUACUCUCUCUGGUUAUCACAUAAGCUACGCGAUGGAGCUCUCUAAUUAUCUAUCCUCCUUCCUCAUCUUCAUCUUCAUCUUCAAAUUCUCAUAAUCUUCUGUUGUGUUUGGGAGAAAGUGACAUCAUUCUUCAUGGAUGCAAUCUUCUUAACGGAUGAUCCGAAUACCCGGAAACAAUUAAUUGGGUCGCUAGCUCAUUCUUUCGGAUGCAUCUACGUUUCUCUCUGGUCCUAUUAUUUUCCUCGACCGUCUAACUACUUGAUAUCAUUCGAUGGAUAUUACAAUGAAGCAUCUCACGAGCCUUCUACGUCUACUGGAAGUUUAGCGAGAAGAUUGUUCCAUGAGUAUCGCCAAUCCGUCAUUCCUCUCCAAAAUGGACAUAUACCAAGCAUGGCGUUCAUGAAUAAUCUCCCAUACCUAGAGAUUCAGACACAAGAUAUUCAAAGACUUGCUUCUAACGACGCACAGCGUCUCUUCUAUCAGGAAGCCAGGAUUCAGACGGUGAUAUUCAUGGGUUGUCGGAGCGGGGAGAUCGAACUCGGAUUGACGUAUGAUGCUGCAAAUAUGAAAGUAGAAGCAAGUCUUCGAGAUUGGUUCCCUGAAGAUUUCAGUAGAAAGACUUCUCCGGUCAACUCAGACUAUCUCCGGCCACCGCCUCCUCCGUCUUCAUCCUCUUCCUCUCUUAGAUCACUAGACAGUCCCCAAAACGCCUCCGAAUAUUCUUCUCUCUUAUUCCCACUCAUCCCUAAACCUUCAACGACAACUGACGCCGUUAAUGUUCCGCUGCAUACGCUGCUAGCUCCGGUCACCACAGCAGAAACAACGAACAACAUGAUCCAUCAACGACAACAAGAGCCUUUGUUUCGCAACCGUGAACGUGAGGAGGAAGUAAUGACGCAAGCUAUCUUAGCGGUUUUGUCGACGUCUUCAAGUCCUUCGUCGCCGCAUCGAAAAGGAAAGGCCACCGCUUUUAAGAGAUACUACUGCGUGGCUAGCGGCGGCGGUGUGAGCGGUAGAGCACCGCAACCGCCGAGUGUACGGAGGCAAAGUAUGAUGAAAAGAGCUAUUUCGUUCUACAAUAGGCUUAACAUUAACUGGAGAGAGCGUUUUCCUAGGGAAAACGCUACCGGCGGCGGCAGUGAUGGAAUCGGUGGAAGCGGUGGCGGGCGUGGGCCAACCGCAACGCAGUUGCAUCAUAUGAUAUCGGAGAGGAAACGGCGAGAAAAGCUUAAUGAGAGCUUUCAAGCAUUAAGAUCUCUCCUUCCUCCUGGAACUAAGAAAGAUAAAGCAUCGGUCCUCACCAUUGCAAAGGAUCAUCUAACUUCUUUGCAAGGUGACAUUUCGAAACUACUAGAGAGAAAUCGAGAGCUGGAGGCUAAGCUAGCGGGGGAAAGAGAGAUGGAAAAUUUUUUACAAGCCGAUGAGAGGUUUAACGUUCGUAUAAUACAUAUACCCGAAUCCACAUCCAGAGAAAGGGUUUUGGAUCUAAGAAUUGCUCACAGAGGAGACAACAUUGGGGCUGAUGAUUUGAUCAUAAGGCUUCUAGAGUUCUUAAAGCAAAUCAACAAUGUGAGUUUAGUAUCAAUCGACGGUAAAACCCGAGCUAGAGAAGAUGGAGUUACUUCGGUCGUUCUCGUGAGCUUAAGGCUCAAGAUUGAGGGUGAAUGCGACGAAUCAGCCUUCCAAGAAGCAAUCAGAAGAGUUGUUGCUGACUUGGCUCACUGACAACAAGUUUGAUUAUUUCCUAAAUCCUAACCAUAUAUUUAAUUCUUAUAAUCAUAGUUUCGUUUCUCUUCUACGCUUACAACUUAAUAAUAUACAUAUAAAAUUAAUGAUUGAUGUUAUUUACGGACAGUCUGUUUUGUUACGCUCGCGUCCGCGGCUCAUAUCGUUUUCGAUGGUC